CUGUGAGAUUCGGCGAACUGCGGCACGAGCGGCGCGGCGUCGUCCGGCAGCAGAAAGGGGAAUGUAGCGGGAAGCGUGUGUGUGUGUGUGUGUGUGUGUGUGUGUGUGUGUGUGUGUGUGUGUGUGUGUGUGUGUGUGUGUGUGUGUGUGUGUGUGUGCGUGUGCGUGUGUGUGUGCGUGUAUGUGUGUGGGGGGGAGAUCGGAGGAGGAGACGCUGCUGCGUCGGUUAGACGUUCAGAUGAGAGGGGAGCUUUUCUGCCGAGAUCGUGACGGAUUUUCGUCGUCGGAAUGGGCAAUGGGAUGUGCUUCAGCGUUGCAAUGAGACGUCUAUGCUUCUGUGUCUUGCUUGUGAGCAUCACCUGCCGUCUGAGUCUCUCCCAGGAUUUAGCCGGAACCCCCAAACAGGCGGAGAUAAAUGACAACAUCACCAUCUUCACCCGCAUCCUGGACGGACUGCUGGACGGUUACGACAACAGACUCCGGCCCGGUCUGGGAGAGAAGGUGACGGAGAUCAAAACCAACAUCUUUGUCACAAGCUUCGGUCCGGUCUCCGACACGGAAAUGGAAUACACCAUCGACGUUUUCUUCCGUCAAAGCUGGAAAGACGAAAGGCUUUGCUUCAAAGGCCCGAUGGAGAUGCUGGCCCUGAACAACCUGCUGGCCAGCAACAUCUGGACCCCCGACACGUUUUUCCUCAACGGAAAAAAGUCCAUUGCGCACAACAUGACCACGCCCAACAAGCUGCUGCGGCUGAAAGACGACGGGACGCUCCUCUACACCAUGAGGCUCACCAUCUCAGCAGAAUGCCCCAUGCAGCUGGAAGAUUUCCCCAUGGAUGCCCACGCCUGUCCCCUUAAGUUUGGAAGCUAUGCCUACCCCGUCUCAGAAGUGAUCUACAAGUGGACCGAGGACGCAGCCAAGUCUGUGGUGGUGGCAGAGGAAGGCUCGAGGCUCAACCAGUACCACCUGAUCGGCCAGACGGCGGGAACGGAGGAGAUCUACACCAGUCGGGGCGAGUACACGGUGAUGAUGGCCCACUUUUACCUGAAGAGGAAGAUCGGCUACUUCGUCAUCCAGACCUACAUGCCGUGCUUCAUGACUGUCAUCCUGUCCCAGGUUUCUUUCUGGCUCAACCGAGAGUCUGUGCCAGCAAGAACCGUCUUUGGUGUGACCACGGUCCUCACCAUGACCACUCUCAGCAUCAGCGCUCGAAACUCCCUGCCCAAAGUGGCCUAUGCCACCGCCAUGGACUGGUUCAUUGCAGUGUGCUAUGCCUUCGUCUUCUCAGCCCUCAUUGAAUUUGCCACAGUAAAUUAUUUCACCAAAAGGAGCUGGGCCUGGGACGGGAAAAAAGCGAUGGAGGCCCAACAGCCCAAGAAAAAAGACCCACUGGCGUUGUCCAUGAAGCCCAACAACACUUGCUCCGCUGGUGUGAACUACACAGCCAACCUCACCAAGGACGCGUCCAUUUCCACCAUUUCAAACAGCACAACUAUUCAGCUCAAACCGUCUGAAAGCAAGGCCCCGGACCCCAAAAAGACUUACAACAGCGUGAGCAAGAUCGACAAGAUGUCCAGGAUUGUGUUCCCCGUGCUUUUUGGGACCUUCAACCUGGUGUACUGGGCCACGUACCUCAACAGGGAGCCGGUGAUUAAAGGAGCUGAGUGAGUUCUAGACUGAAGGCCAGCGAUGACGAGAACUCAAUCAACAAAUGCCAAGCACUUUGUCCUUGUACCAUAAUUGUUGUUCUUUUAAGAUAUUUACAAGUUAUUGCAUGUGUGUUGCUUCGGGUAAGUGCUGCCAUGUUUGCCUUGAGUUAGUUCAUGUAUGAUUACCGACCUAAAAGAUUAACUUAUGAUUGCUCACUCAGAACUUGGUUGUACUUAAUAUAUAUAUAUAUAUAUUUUAUUUUUUAUUUUGAGCAUUUGGCAUUUUGUAUUCUGUCGUUUAGUUUUCAGUUGGAAAUGGAAAAGCAAGGCCAAAUGCUAUGCAAAGUAAACAAUUUGUACUGUAUCAUUCAAAACCGCUUUUUAUCUUUGUAAAGUCUUUGUACAGUAAAUGUUAACCUUGAGGUCCACGAAUGUGAAACAGGACCAAGGCAAAUGUAACUUUGCUUUCUUGUUAAAAGCAGCCGAAUAGCCAUGCUGAAUGUGUUGCCUUCAGAGUGCGAUAACUCCUUAUGAAUGCACUGAACUCUGCACUCCUGCAACAACCUUACUCUGAAACCCGGUUCAGAAAGUUCAUUUAGUGGACUCGUUCACGUUUUUUUUUUUUGUUAUUGUUGUUGUUGUUUAUUUGUUCUUACUUUAGAUUUACGGUGGCUUGUCCUCGAUUGAGUUUAAUCAGUCUGAGUUUUUGUUCAAGCGGGAAACGUUUUGAAAGUGGUGUGUUUCUAAACUAUGAGGUUAAACCGUGUACAUAAGUAGGUACGGGAGUAGCUUAAGAAAGUUGUAUAUUUGCCCUGCUUUUAGAAAAGCACCACUCGCCCGGUAAAGUUUGCACUUAUAUCGAUGUAAUGCUUACACAACAGCAUUGUUAGUUGCUAGUUUUAGUGCUCAAUAAGAGAAUGAGUCAAGUAGUUUAAACCCUGGCAAGUUAAAAAGGUUUUAUGCUUAGGAAAACAUUCAGGUUUUUUUUUUCAUAGAUAUAAGUUUGUUUUUUUGGUCUUUUUUAAAAGCUAGCAUACUUGACGAUUAAAAGCUAGCAUACUUGACAAUUAGCCUUGAGGAAAAAAAAUAAAUAAAUGAAAAUAUCUUGUUUUGGCAUGAAAAUAAGACGGACAUAUGCUGGCUGGAGAAAAGCGUCACGACCACACCAAUUCAUAUCACCAGGGUUCAAAUAGAAAUAUUUAACAAUAUUAAUUAAAAAAAAACAACAAAGCAACAAAAAAAACAGCUAUUGCCUGAUGUCUUUAGCUUUGUUUAGCUUAGCUUAGCCCUAGUUAACAUAAAGACAAGAGAAUGGGGAAAAACAACCAGCCUGCUGUUGCUUCAUUUUAUUCCAUUCAUGUGUCACGUUUUUUUUUAUUUUUUUUAUUGAAGUUACAUGAAAAGACUUUGAAGUAAAGUUUAGUUCACGUGACCCACAAACACAAACUGUUAGCUUGAUCGUAAGCUAGCUCGUACUAGAUGCUAGUUGGUUGCAUUUUAACAGUUUUGGAGGGGAUUGGCACGUUGAGGGCAUGUCUCAGUACUUCUGGCAAUGUAAUAAAUUUAAGAUUUUUGACACCUUGAAAACCUCAAUUGUUCAUUUUGGAGUUUUGUUUUCAUGUUUGUGUACUUUCAGACAAUUAAAUGCAGCCACGCUUUCUUUAUUUCAUUUUAAACUAAGCCUCUUCACUCCACAGCCGCAGUCGACAUUUUGAGUGGCCACGAUGUUUUCAUUCAGUCUAUUUAAAAACGAAGCUACAUUUAUUGUACCCAUAUUCCUUUUUUUCUAAAACGGGAAAUCACUUUAACAGAACAAUGGAAUGUAAUGGUUCUUUCACCCAUAUCUCAGAAAAUACAAACGUUAUUUUUAGCUGAAUUUGCUUAAAUGUCCGAACUUUAUCAAGCGACCUAAUGCCCGCUUUACAACCGUUUUGUUUUUUCUUUGUUUUUUUUUUAGAAAUAUUGUAUUGACAUUGAAGUAAACAGAAACUGUCUGUGCUUUAACAGCAAAUACCUGAAGCAAUAAAUAACGCUGAAGUGAAUGACAUUUUUUUGUGUGUGUUCAUGCUAAAACUGUCAACAUUUUACAUGUAUUUAAUUAGGUUUUCAUCAAUCCGCCAGUCGUCUUUUUUAAUAAAAGCAUUGCUAUAGAUUUUUUUUUUAAUCCCAUUUUUCAUGUGACAAAUGUCAAGGCCUGUGCUAAUGUCAAAAACGUGCACUUUGUUCUGUAUCUGACUCCAAUAAAGCUUCACUCGCACCGUC